UAAGCAUCCUUCUUCACAGCAACGUUUAUUAUUUUGGUUGAGUUGUUAUGAGUUUGCAAUUUUGUUAAUCAAUUGAUGCCAAGUAAAUGUGGUGCUUUGCUCGUAUUUUUCUGUCUUGCAUGUUAUCGCUAGACAAAAAGUUUAUAAAAUUUGUCUCCUCAAAUGGAAGCUGUGGACAUAGAUAAGGCUUUUGACGAUUUGGUGUUGAUUGAUCAGAUUGAAUCGGAGAAGGGUUACAAGGACGGUUACGAGGUGGGCUGCAGGGAAGCGGCAGCCACCGGCGCUGGACUCGGCUUUCAGAGAGCCGCCCAGGUCGCCUCUGAGGUCGGCUUCUAUGAGGGCUUCAUCCAGCAGAUUGAGGCUUCACUGAACACCUCUGGGGCCUCUGAGGCAUCAAACACUACCGCGGACUCUCCAUCCACUCCUGUGACCGACCCUGCGUCCUCUGAGCGGGCGACUCGUCAGCUGCGGCGCGCCCGGCCGCUGCUGCUGUCGCUGCGCCGGCUCAUCGGGCAGCUGCCGCGCCACAACACUGCCGACAGUGACGUCACGGCGCUGCUGGACGCGAUUCGCGCCAAAUUCCGGCAGCUGUGUGCCGUGCUGAGGGUGAACCCUGGCAGCAGCGAGCAGCAGCGCGAGAUCUCCUUCUGAGACCGGAACAGGACGGUCCGCGGAUCUCCAGUGAAUGGUGCUGGUGAUACUUUGAUGCUAGAGUGAUUGCUGACAAUAUUACCAGUAAUGUGAGCUGGCUGACUGACUCAUCGUUAGGGAAGAAGGUUUUUAUAUGACAUAACUAUUUUGUUUUUGUGGUGUGCUACAGUAAGCUACCAGUGCGGCGAAUUUCCUUUCGAUACCGUCGGUGAUCGGACUGCGCCGCUCGCCACCAGGCGGCAGCACCGUCUACACCCUCUCUGCCCCGCCCCAUGUCCGGUGAGGACACCAUGCGUCCUCCGGUGAGUCUGCGCCGCGUGCACGAGGCGCUGCUGGGCGCCGCCGCCUGUCUGGAGCCCCUCCUGCCGCUGGCCAACAGCUGUAUGGUGUCGUUCAUUACGGAGGACCAGUGGCGCCGCCUGGUGCCCGGCCCCCUGGCGGCGGCGCUGCUGCAGCUGCCCGCCGAGCAGCUGCUGCGUCUGCCGGCAGCUGCGCCCGACCAGCUGCCGGCUGGGCCGCUGCGCCAGCUGGCCGAGCAGCUUGGACGGCACCGGCUGUCGGGGUGCGGGGUCCUCAGUCCGCCCCCUCCCGUCUCAGCCGCCGCGCUGCCUCUGAUGGACCAGUUCUUCAGCGAUAAGAAACUCCACGAGGUGGACCGUAUGGCGGCGACGGUGGCGCACCUGGCGGCGACCGGCGGAGUUGGUCAGGUGGUGGACCUGGGCAGCGGGAAGGGCUACCUGAGCUCGAUGCUGGCUCUGCAGCACGGUCUGGACGUGCUGGCAGUGGAGGCGAAUGAGGUGCACAGUCACGGAGCGCAGAAGGUCAACGCCAACAUCAAGAAAUCCUGGGACGCUAUCGUCAGUCGCUCGGCCGCACUGCAGAUCGGACAGCAGCCCGAGCGGCGCAGUCGAAAAUGGAAACGACAGCAGCGGAGCCAGGACCGCUCCCGCCACCGCCCGGCGCCGGGCCGUCUGACCCCCGUGGACCAGCUGGUGACCUCUGGCACGCACCUCUCUGAGCUGGUGGCCCUCCACGGAGACGGACACCGACCCGUGGCCGUGGUGGGGCUGCACACGUGCGGAGACCUGGCCGUCAACUCGAUAAGGAUGUUCAGCGAGAUGCCGCAGGCCAGUCUAUUGGUGAACGUCGGCUGUUGCUACCACCUGCAGCGGGAACGGUUCGAGUGUCAGUUCUGGGCUGACCUUGACCUGCAGGAGGUCAGUUUCCCGCUCAGCCGCCCACUGCUGGAGCGCCGGUUCGCGCUGGGUCAGCAGGCCCGCGGACUGGCCGCCCAGGCCUCCGAGAGGAUCGCUUCCUACCAGCGGCCGCCGUCUCCGUUCCUGUACUACCGCGCGGUACUGCAGGUGUUUCUCCAGGACCGUCUGGGUACCGUUCCCACCGAUAUUAUGGUCGGAAGAUUGGCGAGGAAGGCCAGGGAUUACCUGGACUAUAUGCACAUGGCGCUCAGCAAGUACCCGCUCGACCACAGGGCGGUGUCGGACGCCGAGCUGCUCGCCUACCAUGACCGUCUGCUGGAGCACCGUCCCCGUCUGGAGGCGUUCAGCGUGCUGAGGUCCGCCCUGGCGCCACUGGUCGAGGCCGUCCUCCUGCUCGAUCGACUGGCCUUCCUCAUGGAACAGGACUCUAUCGAGACGGCUCACCUCGUGCAACUAUUUGACCCGGUCACCUCACCUCGCUGUUACGCCCUCAUCGCUACAAAACGGAGCGGCGCGGUGGACGAGAAGAGUCACAGGACGGGAGAAACUGAACCCACAGCGGUCAGUGGUGACUCAACGGUGGCCUGUAGCGACUCAGAGGAUAGUGCUGAAUCCUCGACAAUGACUGUGGAGGCGAGGACGGCACAGACGUGACGAAUCCAGACUCUAGCGACUUUCUUCAUCUAUACUUUUAUGCAGUUCUGUUCUUCUGCGCCGAUAUAGGCUCGACCACUAUGUAGUCUCAAUCUUUUAGCUCGUACUUGUGUUUUCCGAUUUAGACAUUCGCCAUUUGGUGAUUACUUUAAACUGUGUUGACCUUUGCGAUUCUGAUCAAUAUUGAUCACUCGCUGCUCUUUCUUUAUUGCCAAUAUUUGAAGUGCUCUCUAUUUUCGUCUUGAUCUGUAUUGAACCACUCGAACCCGUUCUGACCUUCGAUAGCCUCUUCUGAUCCCUCACACUGCCCUGUGCUCUAUCUGCUGACCUCUGGCCUUUGCUGUGCUCUUCUCACCCCGAUCCGUCGGGGGUUCUUACUCCCUAUCCACUGAGCGGGUCACUAUGACGUGGAACGGUCGGCCAUUGGUCGCGUCAUCAUCAGUCAUACCCCUCCUCUCCUCCCCUUUCUGGCGGCCCUGUGGCUAUAGAAACCGCUCUCGGACCAUGUGUGGUGUGAUGACGUCAUACAUCGUGACGUCAUACUGUGACGUCAUCGCUGAGUGACGUUUUGUCCA